CGCUAAUACGGAGAGGUGACAAGGUUGAAAAAGGUCACGAGAAUUUGAAUCUAAAAAUACGACAUUGUAACACGUAUAAUUUGUGAUUGUGUGUUUGGGAGGAAGAUGGUUGGGAACACAACAGUUGCUUUAGGGGUCGUUUGGAUGGAUCAAUUGUAAAACGAGACAAUUUGACCAAUUGUUUCAUUUUACAAAACGAGUCAUUUAAAACGAGUCAAUUCAGAUUACCUGCUCCCACCCUAGACAAUUGUAAUUGGCUCAAAAUGAGUCAAUUCAGAAUUCCCCAGCCCAAAUUGCUUCAUUCAAAUUUUCUGCUGCCAAACGGAUCAAUCUAGCACAAUUGACUCAAAACGAGACAAUUGUGUCAGAUUGAUCCAUUAGAAUUUCUCAUCCAAACAACCCCUUAAACUCUCUGAGUUGUGAAAGAGUUGAUGGUUUAGAGAAUUUCGUCACAUAAACAAACUAAUGUAUGAGUUUUGAAGAGCUUCAAGACUUUUUUUUUUUUUUUUUUUUUUGUGGACAAACUAUUUUAUCUAGUUCCAGUUUGACGAUUUAGUGUCGACAAAGUGUAACAAGCCUAACAAAUGAAUUUAUUAUUGCUUCUUUCUUCUCUUUUUCUCCAUUCCUCUCGCCUGACUUUUCCCCACCAGUAGUUGGAUCGACACUUCCCCGCCCGCGGAAAGAUAAAACCGAACCAAUUCAUGCUCUGACGACCUUUUCCUCCUCCGCCGCCGCCACCACCACCGCCGUCCAUGGCUAUGGUUGAGAACAAGUCGCCGACUGACAACUCCAACAACAGAGUGUGGGGUUUCCUCAGGCUGCCCUUCCGAGCUACCACCGGGAAUGCGACGCCGUCCCCUUCGUCUUCGUCGCAUCUUCACCACAGCCACCACAACUACCAGCACGGCCAGAAUAACGCCCCCGUGGAAGGAUCUAAUCCUCACCCUCCCAAUUCGGUCUCUUCCGUCGCCAAAUCGCUGCUCCCCACGCGCCGCCGCCUCAAGCUCGAUCCGGCCUCCAAGCUCUUCUUCCCUUAUGAACCCGGGAAGCAGGUGAGGAGUGCCAUCAAGAUUAAGAACAGUAGCAAAUCCCAUGUAGCGUUCAAGUUUCAAACAACUGCGCCAAAGAGUUGUUUCAUGCGCCCACCUGGGGCUGUUCUUGCUCCUGGGGAGAGUAUCAUAGCUACUGUUUUCAAGUUCGUCGAGCACCCAGAAAACAAUGAGAAACCAAUGGACCAGAAGAGCAGGGUUAAGUUCAAAAUUAUGAGCUUGAAGGUGAAAGGGCCAAUGGACUAUGUGCCUGAGCUGUUUGAUGAGCAGAAGGACCAGGUAGCAAUAGAGCAGAUAUUACGCGUUAUUUUUCUAGACCCAGAGCGCUCAACCCCUUCUUUGGAGAAGUUGAAGCGCCAAUUAGCGGAGGCUGAUGCUGCAGUGGAAGCCCGGAAGAAACCCCCGGAGGAUGCAGGUCCAAGAAUCAUAGGCGAAGGACUCGUGAUUGAUGAAUGGAAAGAGCGAAGGGAAAGAUACCUUGCUCGACAGCAGGGUGAAGCGGUAGACUCGGUAUAGACGAAACUAAUGAGCAUCGAGCUUUUGUUAUUCACGGCUUGAGUAGCAUGGAAAAUUGAUUGAUGUCGGUAUGUUCCUCGUCUACUCCAUUGUACCAUAUAGGAAGAGGAGAAAAAGCUCUUGAGAAUGUGUCCAUGUAAAGAAAAGAUGUGCAUUGUUGUUGUAAGGUUGAUUUGUUUUGUUGAUUUUUGAGUGUUAGGAAGAACCCCUUGUUGUAUGUCUUUCACCAUUCAGCUCUGCCUGUAGAUAAAUUUAUAAUUUUGAUUUGGCCCGCCUGCUUCUAUAACCAGAAAUUAUGAACUGGUCUCAUGUUGGGUUGUAAUGCUCCUAAUUUGAUGAAUCACAAGCUGUUUUUCACAGAGAAAGGAAAGCCGGCUCUUCCUGAUCUGACGUUGCCGGGAAAUAGACAAGAGCGAGUCUUCCUCCAAGAACUGGUUCUCUUUAAUAAGUUCUGAAGAACUUUAUUUCAGUCAAGGAACAGUGUUUCCUCGGGAAAACCAAAUGCCACCGCCGGUGCCGAAUUCGUUUCCGGCGAUGUUGAUUUGAUGUUUCGCGGUGGAAACUCUUGCGGUGCCGUUUGAUCGAAUGCACCGCUGAUUACUGAAAUCGAGACGACCGUCAAAUAUCCGCCGCCGAAUGUCGGCGCCGUUGAUUUGAUCGAUGCACCUCUAAAUGGUGAAAUCAACGUGACCGUCAAAUAUCCGCCGUCGAAUGUCGGCGCCGUUGAUUUGAUCGAUGCACCUCUGACUUCUAACCAACGCGACCGUUACUACGGUUCGCACCUCUCCAAACUACGUUCGAACGAGGGUGUUUGAGUUUUGAGGAAUCUACGCUACCGCUACUCCUAUGGAGAUUCCUGUGGAGAGCUCCGCGACUACGACUAACACUACAACUAUGGAGAUCCUUCCUGGAAGGAGAGCUCCGCGAAGGAGUUACAGAGAAAAAGGAUAAAGUUUUGACAGAGUUGUUCUGUGUUGAUUUGUUUGUCCUUUCUCUCUCCUUGCUCCGCUACUUUUAUUUGAAAUCACUUGCGUAGUCUUCACGCUAGGUGGAACCGCUUCCUCAACUGCUCCGUCCUGAAAUCCCACGUGUCUCAACUGCCUUGAUCUCCUCUUUCUGCUUUGCGUAAAAGUCACGUGCACACACAUCAACUUUGUACCAUGGUUCGAAUCCCGAUACCGCCAUCGAUUAAAACAACAUUGUUGUUUCACCCUCGUCACCGCGUACUUGCCGCUAGAUUGUUGAUCUCCCGGCGUCGUUCUUAAUUAAACAACAUUGUUUCC